CGGACAACGGUUUUUAAGUUCACAGUACAGAAUCAGAUACAUGAAAGAGGAGACAUUAACUCCACCUGAAAAUUAAUUAAAAAAUGCCUCCGAGGAAGAAGCCUCAACCCCCAGGGCCUCGCCCUAGGCGUUCCCUUAGGACCUCCUCAAGACGUGCAGCAGCAGCAGCAAAGGAAGUUACGGAAACACCGCCUGAAGUUGACGUUCCGCCUUCUGAAUCUGGCUCCGAGAUAUGUAGGAUAAACGUGGGAGACGGUGAAGAAACGACGACGGAGACUACUGAUUCCGCUCCUGAAAUGGUAAUUUUGGCUCCUCCAAUUGGGACUGAAAGCGCUUCAGCGGAUGCGAGUUGUGGUGCCGGGGAAUCUACUAUUGGAGACGGAAUUCGACAAGAUAGGGCGUGUGGGGAGGGCGGCCAGGCUGAUCCCAUUGAGAGAUUGAGUGUGGAUGAGGUUCGUGAGGAGAAAGUGGAGCGGAUUGGUGUUGAGGGAACCCUAGGAACUGCCAUAGGAGACUCUGCGGAUGGAGGAGGGAAAACGAGUCCGAGAGAAGAUGUUGUUUCUGUAAUGGUGGAGGCGGAGAGUGGAGUGGUGAAGAAGAAGAAGGUGGUGAGAAUUGUGAAGAAAUUGGUGAAGAAGAGAGUCUCCAAAGGUGUUCAAAAGGGUAUGGCUGCUUGUUCGAACAAAGAAUUGGAGAGACAUGAAGUAUUUGGUGAUGGUGAUGGUGAUAGGAAUGCUACUUCUUUAGUGGUAAUUGAAAAGCCUAAUCUAGUUGUUGACGGAGCAGAAGAUCCUAAUUCACUUAUUGAUGAUUCAGCGCAAGUCAAAAAACAAAAACCUAAUUUAGCCGUCGACGGAGUCGAAAAUCCUAAUUCACUUACCGAUGGUUCAGUGGAAGUCAGAAAACCUAAUAUAGCGGUUGAUGGAGCAGAGAGUCCUGUUGAUGAUUCAAUGGAAGUCGAAAAACUUAAUUUGUUUGCGGACAUAACCGAAAAUAGUAACCCAGCAGCUGACGGUUCAAAGGAAGUUGAAAACCUGAAAAAAACUGAGACUUGUGGAGGAGGCAAAGAGGGUUCUGUGGCAGAAGUGCCGUUGCAGCCUGAGAACAAUGAGGACGUAGUUAUAAAGCCUACAACGGUAACUGAGGUUCCAGAGGAACACACAAACGUAGGUUUAUUAAGUGGAAAUUGUGAGUGUGGUGCUAGGUUUAAGGAGCUGGGUGGUGGAGCAGAGGAGGGAGUAAAGGGAGAGGGGAACGAUGACAAUUUGACUGCGGAGUGUAAAACAAGUACAGGGGGGAUAGCUCUUAGUGGAGAAUUAGAGGCACUGGAGAGGAGGAAGAGGAGGCAAACAGAGAUUUUUAUUGGUGGGCUUGACAAGGAUACCAAGGAGGAGGACAUAACGAAAGUGUUUGAGGAUUCGGGCAAGAUUGUGGAAGUGAGGUUGUUGGUCAACGGUAAGACAGGGAAGAAUAAGGGUUAUGGGUUUGUGAGGUUUGCUUCUGCAUCUGAUGCUAAGAGUGCAUUGGAGAAACACCCCCUAGUCGAGAUUUGUGGCAAGCAAUGUAGUCCAGCUCCAGUUGAGGGCAAUGACACAUUAUUUCUCGGUAACAUUGACAAGAAGUGGAAGAAUGAAGAUGUUAUCAAAUUGUUGCAAGAGAGAGGAAUUGAGAAGAUAGACAAAGUCACAGUUAUGGCUGAUCCCAAUAAUAUUGAACGAAAUCGUGGUUUUGCAUUCUUGGAACUUGAAAGUAAUAAAGAUGCUCAAAUUGCUUACAAGAUACUUCAAACGAACGACAUGCCGGGGAAGCUUCAGAACAUUAAAGUUGCGUGGGCUGAACCCUUGAGCGAGCCAGAUGAAGAAGAAAUGCUGAAGGUGAAAUCAGUUUAUGCGGAGUACCUUCCUUCCUCAUGGAAUGAGGAGAAAAUAAGAGGCUAUUUUAAAAAGUUUGGGGAGAUUGAAAAUGUGGUGCUUUCCCGAAAUCUACGUUCUUCUAGAAGAAAAGACUUUGCAUUUGUCAAUUUUACAACCCGUGAGGCUGCUCUUGCAUGCAUAGAGUCAUUUAAUCAGGAACCAUUGAGUGACGAGGGAUCUAAGGUACAUGUGAAGGUUUCUCUUGCAAAACCACAGCCGAAAAACAAGCCACAUCGGAAAAUCUCCAAGACUAUCAAAACUGAAGAAAUUUCGAAACAGAUGCCCACAGUAAGCCAACGUGAACCCAGAAACAAGAGCAUAUCUAGUAUUUUCCAGAAUAUAAAUAAAAUAGAUAAUAGAAGGUCUUCUGCUGAACUUGAACGACUCUUAGCAGAUCGAGCUUCUUUCCGGAAAUUGCAAUCUAGAUUUGAUACAGGAUCUCCCAUUGUAGGUGAUUCUUACUCCUUACCAGGAAGGAAGCGCCCUCAUUCUACAUUUGAAGACGAUUUGUACAAUACAGAACCUAGAGGCUAUCCUCGUAUGCGUUUGGAGAGUUCUUUUCCGGUUGCAAGUGCAAGUUACAGCACAUAUGCCUAUGGUGUUGGAGCAACAUCUCUUUCACAUCAACAACAACAAGGAACUGGUUAUAGAUUAGGUGUUGGGCGUCUGGAUUAUGCAAAUGGCUUCCAGAACGAACAAGCUCCAUACCUUGGUAGAAACAGUCUGCACUAUAGAUACCAAUAGCAGAGUCCUGUACAGAUUUAUGAGAGCAUUUGAACAUGUUGAAAGGCAGUUAAUAAACAAGAAGCUGUUUUCUGUCAAGUGAAGAUCUUCCAUCAGAAGAUCAAGUUACACAGCAGACAGUUUUCCAUUGUGUACAGUCGUGUCGCACUAAUUAUUGUAAAUCAAAGUGUUGGUUGACAUGCAUCAAUGGUUAACCUAAUGUAGUUCUGAUAUAAGUGGUUAUGCCAUACUGAACCAUGCUGCAUGGCUUUGUACAAUUCAAAACCUUGUUUCAUUUUCUCCA